GCUUCCUGUUCUUCUUCGCCUUCACCGACAUUUUCCGGUUCCCCUUGAUGGGCACUUUGAUAUAGGGAAAUUAUUUGUCAAAUUUCUCGUGAUGAAUGGAAUAAGUAGUUGGUCGUUUCACAUCAUUGAAUCUCCUGGUUUGGCUGGUGAGGAACUGGGGCCUUUUCAUGAGCAAGAAAGAGCAUGAUACUGGGAACAUAAAUGACAGUUUCUGCAAUGGAGGAGCCCAUUCCAGAAUCUCCGGCAGAGGCCCAAGUUGUUGACUGGGGUGAUGCAAAGUAUGUCUACGAACAUGUUCUAGCACUGAUUGGUAGUCUUGAAACAGUUAAAGGCAAGAUUUCUGAGAUAGAGUCCACCUUCUGCAGCCUUCAGGAAGCCAAAGAUGAGAUUUCUCGGAUAGAAUCCAUCUUCUGCCGCGACCUUUACCCAAAUUUCCAGUCAAAAUAUAAAACCUUGCAGAAAAUCUAUUCUGAGGCAAAGAAAGCUGCAGAAGACUUGUGGAAGGAGAAGGAAAAUAAGUUCAUACUACAAGUUGAGAAACUUCAACUUGAGAAGGAAAUGAUGCAGAAAGAGCAUGAAGAAAGAAUACAAGGAACCCUUGAAAAACUAAGAAGUAAGGAACUGAAAAUCCAAGAGCUAGAAAAGAAACUUAUGUUCAAGGAAGAUGAUGAAGGAAUUGAAUUGCAGAGAAAUUUGAUCCGAUUGAUUCAAACAAAAGCCAAUGUGAUUGUGAAUAAGGACAAACAACUAAGAGAGCAUGAAAAGAAAAUAGAUGUGCUUCUUGCUGACCUGAAAAUCAUGGAGAACAAAGUUGAAUUUCUCCAGAAGGUUCUUAGAGAAAAGAUUGAAGAAGUUAUCAAAGGAAAGGAGUUGGAAGAAAAUCUUCUUGGAAGGAUUAAUUUGCAAACCUUGGAAAUCAAGAAUAAUGAACAGCUACUGAUUGAUUAUGAGAGGGAGAAAAAACAGCUUAUGACAAAAUUUGAACAAUUGAAGGAAAAUUUAAAUGGAGUCAAUGAGGAGCUGAAGAAAAAGACAGAAGAAGUUGAGGAGGGAAGAAAAUUGCAAGAAGGUUUGCUGAAACUAGUUGAUUCAAAUGGUUCAGAAAAUUUAAGGACUAAGCAACAGUUAGCAGAGCACAAAGAAGCGAAGGAACUGCUUCUCACCAAAGUUAAAGAUUUGGAGGAGAAAGUUAAUGAGCUUCAGUUGAAGCUACAAGAAAGGAGUGAUCAUGAAGCCAAAGAAGGAGAUUUUUACAAAAAGUUAAUUCAACAGAUUGAGCCAAAAGACUCUGAGCUAUUGGCUGAGCAGAAUAAAUACAUGAAGCUUCUUGAUGGUUACAAGAGGCUGAAAUCACAAUACAACUACCUCCUCAGUAAGAAAGGUCUUAAUCUAGAGAAUGUGAUAACACCACAUAAAUCAGAACGUGCAAGGCAUCAUCACCAUGAAAAUUCUCCGCCAGCUAACGGAAACAAAACUCUUGAUGCUCCUGCUGUUGCUUGUGACCUGACAAAAGUUAAGGAUGAAACCAUUUUCAAUGAUAAUUCAGAGGACGAGAAAGGGCUCAAAUCAAUUCAAACCUCUCGUCCUCGCUCUCCCAAUUCCAAUCUUCCCACAGCACAAUGUGUGCCGAGUACAAAAUCCUAUCCUGUUGCUGGAAGAAAACGACCAUUUUCUGGUUGGAGGGAGACUAGGUCCCGUCAGCAGCAAGGUGGAUCUGAUCCCCAUGAUGAUUUUCUUGAUACUCCCUUGGAAAACAUCAGAGGAAACCUGAGUAAAGUAGCAAAGGAAGAUCAUCCAGGCCCAGUUCCAGAAGGCAUUCAAGCUGAUAGCUCAGAUGAUGAAACACAGGACUUGAAUGUUGAUCCCACGCCAGAAAAUCAAGAAAUGCCAAUUCAAAUAGGUGAUAAGAGAAACUUUAAGUAUGUGGAACCGAUAAGAAAGAAGUCAGAACGGGAAAAUUUGAAAGGAUUCGAAUGCAAUCAGUGCAAGAAAUUCUAUGAUGCAGUUCUUGAUGAUGGAAGCAGGAAUAAUGACAGUAAUAAGCAUAACAUCCGUUGUGAGCAUCAUCAGGGUGUUUCUAGGCACCGGUAUAAAUAUAAUCCUCCUCUAACUCCCGAAGGGUUUUGGAAUAUCGGGUUUGAAUCUGAAAUGUAAUGUUUUGAGCUGGAGUCUGAAUAACCAUCUGUUUCUUUUUAAAAUAAUUGAAUGUCAUUUAA